AUGGAGAACAAAAGAAUGGCUAUGUUAGUGGUGAUGAUGUUGGUGAUGGAGAACAUGCUGAUCGAGACAGAGGCUGUUUUGUAUUUCCCAGUAUGUUACGCAGGUUGUCUUGCGGGGUGUGGUGUUUUAUCCUUCGGUUUAAAAAAAUUACUAUGUCCUAUUAUGUGUGUCAAGGACUGUAAACGUCGUACACUUUCUGUCAAGGCAAAAUCAAAAACUGAUUACUACUGCAACCUCGGAUGUGCUACCGAUCGUUGUGCUUCAUCCUCAUCAAUCGACGACAAAGAUCAUGUGCAGAAAGUUUCAGUAUGCGUGGAUUCAUGUUCAGAGACGUGCUCCCACAAGAACUUUUGA